AUGAUCAGGCCACGACGCGAAAAAAUCAUCCCUCAAAACAGUCGCCCGUUGUUCAAGGUCGAGAAAAUCCCGAGGGAGCUCAUUGGCGACGACAAGGAUCACAAAGCUGCUGCAGGAGCUAAUGCCCCCAAGCUGAACAUGCUGCGUCGAAAGCUGGAUGAUACAGACUUUGAGGAGAACAAAAAGGCCGAAGGAGCCAUCAACAGUAGCGUGUCUUCUGAAAGUGGGCCAAGCUGA